AUGUCUGCAUCUUUUGCAUUCCUACGUGAAGUGAAACCAUACAAAACUUCAUGGAAGAUCCAAGUAAGGGUUCUCCAUACAUGGAAGACUUACUCAACAAAAUUUGGCGAGACAUUUGAGAUGGUUUUGGCUGAUAUCGAGGGCACUAAAAUCCAUGCUUCCGUGAAAAAGGAAUUGAUAAAUCGAUUCCAAAACAAGAUUUCGCAAGGUGAAUGGAGAUCAAUUGAAAACUUUGGUUUAGGCAUGGCUGGUGGCCAAUUCAAACCAACCAAUCACCGUUUCAAGAUGAGUUUUAUGACUCAAACCAUUGUCAGCCGCAUGGAUCAACUAUCUAAGGAUCCAUUUCUCAACCUAACUCCAUUUGAUUCUGUGCCAACUCUCAACCUUAACUACCUGAUUGAUGUGUUGGGACAAAUUGUGAACGUGGGUGAAAUAGAUACCAUUGAUGUCAACAACAGACCUACGAAGAAAAUAGAGUUUGAGCUGCGAGAUGAGAAUGAUUCAAGAUUGUCAUGUACCCUGUGGGGAACAUUUGCUGACCAAGUUUACCAUGCUUGUGAAGAACAUGGUGUUGAUAUAGUAAUCUGUUUGAUCAGAUUUGCCAAAAUAAAGACUUACAAAGGUAAAUGUUUCUUACUACAAACGUUAUAA